AUGCUACAGAAACGGAAAAGGACUAGGAUGACGAUCUGUACUUGUAACGCACGUACGCUUGCAUCGGGAGCGGCCAGGGAUCUCAUGGUGCAAACCAAGAAGAUCAAGUACGACGUCAUCGGACUGACCGAGACGAGACGACCUCAUCCUCUCAACGCCGUAUAUGUAACUGGGGAAGAACUGUUCUUAGGAACAUGCGACAGUAGAGGUGUUGGUGGAGUUGGCGUCCUCGUCAACACGAGUAUGGCAAAGAAAAUCGACUCUUUCGAACAACAAAAACCUGAAUCCUACGAAGAAGAAGAAGAAGUCAAAGCUUUCUAUAUGGACCUGGAAAAGUUCUACCGAGAAGAUCAUGCCUCCUACAAGGCCAUAAUUGGCGAUUUCAACGCUAAGAAGCCCUCUUCUUUACGCUGGACGUGGGAGUCACCCGGUGGAGGGUACCGUAAUGAAAUAGACCACAUCAUCGUCAAUGAAAGGGAUCUCUUCGCUACGCUAGCCGGCUUCUGGGAAGAUUCCGCAAUGGACAACAUCGACGAGGAAUACGACCGGCUCAUUGAACACCUUCACGACUGCGCGAAGAAGGCUGAGAGUUCUGAAACCACCAAGAGACGCCUGUCUCUUGAAAUUCUUGAGCUGAUACGACAGCGUGGAGCAGCACGAGCCGCAGGGAACCAAGAACUCACUUCCGAGCUCGCAAGGCUUUGCAGAGAGGCGAUAAAGGAAGACCUUAAAGAGAGAAGAGCAGAAGUGCUGGCUGAAGCUGCAGAGGCGGGGAGAAGCAUUCGCUAUGCCCGUCGAGACUUCGCCAGUCGCCAAACGACGAUGACCACUCUCCGGAACCCGAAGGGAACAACCAUUGCAUCGAGAAGAGGGAUGGAGAAAAUCAUCUACGACUUUUACUCUGAUCUCUUCGACAGCCAUGUCCACUUGCCUCCUCACCAUCUGAGGGAAGAUGGACAAGUCAUUCCAGAGGUUCUUCCGUCCGAAAUACGACAUGCUAUCAUGUCGGUAAGAAAUCGUACGGCACCCGGUCCCGAAUAA